AUGAAGGUGCGUCGUCGUCCCUCGUGGCGCCAGUCCUUCCCCACACAUGUGUAUAUCCUGACCUCAUCCUUUCCGCCCGCCCCGCCGCCUACCUGUCUCCCCUCGACACUCGUCCGUUCAGCCCACGCACCCCACGUUUCCGGCCGUGCAUCCCUUCGACCCCACAUACGCACACUCAUAUCUGUGAACACAAGCACGCCCACCACCCAGUGCCCUCGCAACCAUUCCGCCCGCCUGUCCGCUCAACCCGAUGAAGCUGCGAUUCCGCCCCCAAUUUCGCCCGCGCAUAUUCGUCCCCUUCAGCGCACGCACCACCUGGGAUCCAAAUCCUUGAGCACGCUGCCCCUCGACCUCCUGGGCCAUCAAAGUUCACGCUUGUGCCCUCAUGCCCAAGCGCUCACGCGCGUCCCCUCGACACCACGCAAGGUUGCCCCCUCAUUCUCCCUCCCUCGACCUGCGUCACCACUGAGACCCCGCGGUCCAACAACAGUUGGCGUCCCCACACUGUCGCCGUCCUUCCACCGCGUCGACGAGGAGGUCAAGGAGCAGCUGGUGGCGGAGGAAUGA